AUGUCCAGAGGUCGCGGCGCCACAAUGCUCAGGUCUCGUGGCGGAGGAACCGUAGCCCAGGUGGAGACGGUGGCGGGAGAAGAAGAACAACAGCAAAAUAGAAUAAUGGGCCGAUUGACGUUACGAGCUGCGGCAGACACGGGCGUGCAAGCUGAGACGGAAGUGGGAGAGGCUAGUAGAAGGAGGAUACGGUGGGCGGAGGAUGUGGUUGAUAACGAGGGGCUGGGGAGGAAGAGUUCGAAGGUUUGCUGCAUCUUCCACAAAACCCGUCCGGUGGGUGAAAGCAGCUCCGAAUCCUCCUCAGAUUCUUCCUCGGACGACAGUGACAGCGACAGCGACCUUGAUACCGGGGAAGCCAGAAUGGCCAACGAUCACGGUUUAAGUAACCGAAACCCUCGUGACCGACAACGGGACCUCUCCUGCAACCACCACGGCCCUCAGAGUGACGGACCUUCCGAACAAGGAGAGCAUGGUGAUGGCACUGGUGGUGGAGAUGACAAUGUAAGCGACAACGACAGUUGUGGCAGGGAACCGUCGAAUGGUGGUGGCAGCGGGAAGACAGAUAAACCUAAACGAAUACGGGUACAUCGUCGACCGCGACCAAAUGCGUAUGAGCGUGUACCGAAAAGGCAUCCGAAGAAGGAAUGA